UUCAAGCUCCCGCAUAUGUUCCAUUCCAGCAUCAACCUCACAAGUCGCUGCUGCUGAAACACCGAUCAAAUCUUCUCUCUCUCUCUCUCUCUCCGACGCUGCAAUGGCGGACAAGCCGAGCCGAGCUCUGGUGGUGUACGGCGACGGCCUUGCUCCUUCCUUAGAUGCACCGAUCCCCCACCUCCACUCCCUCGCCACCAAAGCUUGCUGCGGCUUCUUGAGCCUCCCCGAUUCGCCUCCCUCAGAGAGUGAGGAUGACAGAGUUGUUAGAGAAUUCUCCAUUCUUCUGGAUGCAUUCGAUGCUUAUUGUGUGCAGAAGGGUGAGGAAAGCACUUGUGAUUCGGGGAGUCGGGGGACGGCAUUGGUCCCAACAGUCUCAGAAAGAUUUAUGGGGAUGAAGGCUGCUAUGGUGACAAGCAAUCCGAGUUUGAGAUCUUUUGGCAACAAGCUCGGUAUCAAUGUUUUGCAAUUCGAGGAGCUGAUAGACAAAAAGCACUCCGUUGCUGAAGGACCAAUAGAUGCUGUCUCGUGUGGAUUGCUGAAGUUGCUUGGAUUCCAAGAGGGGAAGUUGAUGGAUACGGGCUAUUUUGAUCUUGUAUUUGUGCAUAUCGGAGCUGGUGAACAGGGGGAUGGGGAGGCAGAUAAGGUUAUUAACUAUGGCAUAGAGUAUGUGAAUGCUUUGGUCGGUAGUUUAAUGCAUGUUGCUCAACCUGGAUCCGAAAUUGGUUCCCGCCUGCACUUGUCCCUUGUAAUGAGCUAUGGAGAUAUCUCAAAAUUUGCUUGCUCCCAUUUAUUGACCUUGGUGUCUAAGGACAAUGCAGACUCUCGUCUGGUGAGACUAUUCCCUCGUCAGAGUUAUACUAUGAGAGGAGAGAAACCGAGGGAGGACGUCAGGCACCAUUGCCCCAUGCUAAUUGCUCAAUGGCAGGAUGCUGUGACCCGCAGAGAUAUGGCUGAGGCAUUCUCAUUUGAGGACUUUAAGGAGCAUGGCGGCAAUUUGGUGAUACCUGCGGACAGGUUUCUGCAUGAGAUCGCGUUUAAGCUUUGGAAGGCUCCUAAAUAUGGGGCAUGAAACAUAGAUCAUCUGGAAAGUCCAUUUUUAUGGGAUGGACUUCUACAUCUAGAUGUACGCCAGAAGAUGAGGAUGAAACUCUCCAUUUGACUUUUUUUCCCCUUCCAAUUUCAGUCUAUUUGUUCUUAGACUUCUCCUUCCCAAGUAAUGGAAAUGGGAAAGUUUUCUGCAA